GUUGAAUCAGAACGUUCUGGCAAGGGUUUAAAGAACUAUUGGCAAGGAAUUCUUAAUGCAUGUGAAAAAAAAAUUAUCAAACGCAAACGAAAAACCGAUAAGGGUAAGGAAAAAGAAAACAUUGACCCAUCACCGUCAAAACGUACGAGGUCCAUUGAUCAAGAUCAGAAGGAGUUAUAUGCUAUUAUAAUUGUAGAAUUUGAAAUUCUAGUAACUCCAAAACGUAUAAAGACAUUCAAGUGGGUUAUGGAUAUCAAUAAGGCGGCGAUUGAGGAUCUAAAAAAUUCCAUAAUUGCGAUGCACCAUUUAUCAGAAAUGAAUAAAAAUGGGCAUCGCUCACUAUUACGUAUAUUCGUGUUAAAAGGUUCAAUGUCAUUCACUGUAUCUUUCGGAGAAACUUUAUCAUUUUCGAAAUGGAGUUUCCGAAUGAUAUGUGACCUUUAUAGGAUUAGAGAUGUAGAAGAUCCUCAAUUGUCAGCCCUCCCUUCCCUUAACUGUGGAUGUGUAAAAUUAAAAGGUGAGAGGGAAAAAUCAAUUAUCAGGCAUAUUAUGUCUGAUCUGAGUUUCCGAUAUAAAUAUAUUCCUAUCGGAAAUGAAGCAUCAAAAGUCAAAUACGUCGGUGCGUACCUCGUAGCAAUUACUGCUAUAUUUGAGGACAAAUUAAUAAUACGCACUGAAAAGUAUAUCUCAGGUCCAAAUGGACAUGGACCUGUAGAUUUUGCCUUAGUAUCUUCCCAAACUUCCGAAGUAAUUUGUGUGAUAGAAGUUAACUCAAAGGACUUCCUACAAGGCAUUGCACAGAAUACUGUGCAAUGCGAAUCAGUCCUAAUGAAAGGUAGGAAAAAUGUUCUCGGAAUCAUAACUGAUUCUGAGAAAUGGUACUUCCUGAAAUGUUCAUUAGGCAUUGAUGAAAAGCCAAUUUUUAAUUUGUCAAAGCCUUUAGUUGUCGUAUAUAGCGAUGAUGAUAUGGAAAGGCGGUUAAAAGAAGUUCUAGGACACAUUGUGUGGCUACUAAAUGAUGUCCAAAGCUUGGGUGAAUACUCAAGCUAA